UAUAUAUUGCAGUCGUAAGUGACCAAGCACUUUCACCCGUGUUUCACCUGUUCAACACCUCGUUUCAAUAAGACGCAGAGAUGUUGUUUUUGAUCCUAUUCACUUCAUUCCAAGUACAAACUGGAGUGUUUACACAGACGGUGUCUCUGUCAGCACCAGACAGUUUUGAAAUCGGAGCUGACCUUUCCCUGCGGUGUGAAAUCACGGAUGGGACGGGAUUAUCCGAUAUUAACAGCAUCCAGUUUUACAGAUAUGCGAGCGUGGGUUCAGAGGAAACGAAAAUCGUCUCCGUAGACUACAACCGAACGAUUGAUGGUAGUGUGGUUCAGUGGCAGGACGCUACGUUAGAAUCACGUGGUACAGCUGCCGGUUACCUUGACAGCGUGAUGUCCGCCAGUCUCGAACUCAACCUCACCCGGACCGAGUGUAACGACAGUUCCACCUAUCGCUGUACAGCCUAUGUUUUAACGUCAGGGGGCGUAGAUGUUUUAAACGACGACAAAAGCAUUGGUGCCAUAGCCUCUCCUACUGAGAUGAAUGAUGUAACAGCCACGGCAAUAACAGGAACAAUAAGUGAAAGCGGGGUUGUGACCAAUGAAACCAUCUUAAAUAUCACCUGCAGUGGUUCUGUGGGUAGUCCUGCAGGAAACAUCCGGUGGUGCUGGAAACAAGAGGGUACCACAUACCAGGAAGUUACGUCAGGGGUUACAGAAUAUGCUGCCAUGGCAACCGGAAACUGUCAACUCGAGAGAUCAUCCACUCUCGAGUAUAACGUGACCGACGCUGAUACCAUGACAACGUUCCUGUGUGAAGUUAACGGCACCUAUGCAUGUGGUGGCGCCACCUACAAAAGUGAAUUCUCUAUAACAACAGAACAAGCGUCGCCUGAUGAUGGAGGCGCCAGUGGAGCUAACAGUCUCGGAGGUCAAUGGGCGUCUGUCGUUUUGUUGAUGGCUGUGAGUGUUUCCUGGAUAUUCUAAUGAUUAACAUCCAAGGAAGAUAAGAUGGUGGCUGUAAAAACCUGAUAUACAGUUGAAAUGACUCAAUGACGGUUGUUUACGAAUACGUCUUAUUCACCAGAACUGCAGUGAUAGAGGCUUGGUUCCCGGGCACAUGGACCUUGCUUUUAGUCUGUUGAUAUUUAUUUCAACCCGUCGCCAACAAGUUCGACAUGACUAUAUUUGAACAUUAAAGUGAACUAUGUCUAAUAUGUACAUUGUAAUAACAUGCGUAUGAGUUAUAUACCAGUCAGCAUGAUUAUUUCGUAUGCUGUUCACUGGAAGACAUUAUCUGAUUCACUAUAUCCUACACGAAAAUAAUACUAAUCUUAAUGAUUUAUUAA